UUACGUUUACAUACACUAGCAGUAUCCACGAGCUAUUAGAAGCUAUGGGAUAGAGAUAUACGCGUGUGUGGAAGCCGCUGAGUUUUAUUUAAUACAUUGUUUCGACUUCGAGUAUAUUGAUAAGAUUUCCAAUUGACCUGCAAUCAACGCGAACUUUCGUUAGUGUUUUUACUUUAUUGUUAACUUGAAUUUUAGUUGUUUUAUCAGUGACUAGUUGACUACCUGUGUUGUGUUCUUCUUUCUUAUUCUUGAGUGGAGUAUUGAGAUGCCAGACACGUGGUUUUGUGGCGCGUUUAAAUCGAAUUCGUUGAGUGAUUUUUGGUGCUUUUCUUCGUAACUGUGUUGUGUGCUGAAAGUUGGUUUGGUUUUUUUAAAGUGUGCCUUUUUUUUUGGAUUACCUGCUGUUAAUAGUCUCGUUGGGAUAUAUUGAUUAGAAUGGAUAAGAAGUUUUCGGAUUCCGGAUAAGAUGAAGAUGCGGAUGUAAAAGGAUGGCGCCUUCCAUCAUGUAUCAUAAAGGACUCCUCAAUGGUCCGGGGCAGAAUAAUUGCUUCCUGAAUAGCGCUGUACAGGUGCUAUGGCAUUUGGAUAUAUUUCGAAGGAGUUUCAGAGAACUCUCAGGACAUGCUUGCAUGUCAGAGUCGUGCAUUUUCUGCGCUCUCAAGGAUUUAUUUGGACAGUUGCAGUUCAGUCAUGAGAGGGCAUUACCACCCGAUGCGCUGCGUAAAGCGCUCGCUCAAUCUUUCUCAGACCAACAAAGAUUCCAGUUGGGAUUUAUGGAUGAUGCUGCUGAGUGCUUUGAGAAUAUAUUGUUGAGGAUUCAUUUCCAUAUCGCGUAUAGUGAAGUUGAAGAUAUGUGUAAUGCUAAACAUUGCAUACCUCAUCAGAAAUUCGCCAUGACUUUGGUCGAACAAAGUAUCUGUAAAGCUUGCAAUGCCACGUCCGAACCGUUGACUUUUACUCAGAUGGUCCAUUACGUAUCAGCAUCAGCACUGAUAUCACAAGCUAAGCAAAUGAAUGGAUCAUCUCAUCCAGAUUUAUUCGGACAGCUUUUAAAUAAAGCCGGAGGAAUGGGCGAUAUUCGAGAUUGUCCCAGUUCUUGCGGAGCUAAAAUUCAAAUUCGAAGAAUGCUGAUGAACCGGCCGGAAAUAGUUUCCGUUGGUAUAGUCUGGGACUCUGAUCGACCUUCUUUGGAGCACAUUAUGUCUUUACUGGAUACCCUGAGGGUACAUUUGAGGUUAUCUGAUGUGUUUCAUGGUACCUUUGAUCAUAAUCAAGAUCAAAACGAUUACCAUCAGUUGGUAGGAGUAGUUACCUAUUAUGGAAAACAUUACUCGACGUUCUUCUUCCAUACCAAACUGAGGGUUUGGGUUUAUUUCGACGAUGCUAACGUUCGUGAGGUUGGACCUCAUUGGGAACAUGUUGUGGAUAAAUGCAGACGUGGCAGAUACCAGCCUUUGCUUUUAUUAUUCGCUGCCCCUAGUGGGACUCCGGUUGACGCAUCAAAUGCUCCUAAAACCAUCACGAUGGUUGAGAAACCGACGAUGAAUUUACGUAAUGGACACGAUAUGGUGGGCAAACCACCGAUCCAGAGGUCUUCGUUGUCUCCUAAUGGUAGUUUGGCGUUGGGAGGUAGAAGAUCUUUGACUCCGAGUCCGGAAAAACCUCGUUGUAAUGGCGAUAUGACUCAGAGAAGAGCUGUUACACCGAAUCCAGAACAGUCUCCUGGUCAUGUUGGGCAGAAACCAGUGUUACCGAAUAACGAUUACCAGAACUUGUUGCAUUUCCAAGAAGCGGUGUUCAAUCGGUAUAACGGAUGCGAAAACGAUGACCAACGUCAAGACAACAUUGAGAAAUAUAAUCAACCCGUGAGAAAAGAAUUAGUUCGAAGAGAUUCCGGUAAUUGGAGCGGUGAUCGGAAUAGCGCCUCGUCAUCGUCGUCCACGUCUCUAGAAAAUCCCUAUCAUUAUAUUAUCGGCAAAAUGCAUCAGAGAAGUUACGGUGGAGUACCUCGAAGUCCUAAUAAGACCGGUGAUGGGUCCAGUGGUAGUGGAAAUAGUAGCGGAGGACCGGCAGAUCCGGGAUACGAUUCGUUUUCACUUUCGUCCACUGAUAGUUUGCCUUUGCAGCAAACGUUGAAGCAUAAUUUUCAGCUUGCUCAAAUACCAGAAGGCCAUCAAUCUCCAAACUGUACUACUCUUUUGAGGGAACAAUAUGAAAAUAAUAAUCGUGUCGCUGAUGAUUGUGAAAGACUCUGUGCUGAAGUCGAUCAGUUGUUGAGUCGUUCAGAGAACGCCGAAGAUUUGCUAACCGCACUGUCAUUAUGUAACGCAGCUGUCAACAAAGCUCGAGCUGCGAUGGAUGCUCCUUAUAGCAAUCCACAGACUGCCAGUUUCGCCAGAAUGAAACAUAACGCUUGUGUUAUGCGAGCUCGAACGUUGCACCGUCGCUUAGAAGAGCCACUUCAUAAUAACCUGAAGUAUGGAGAAGCUCGACACAGUCGAGAAGGAAGCGGCUGCAGCAAUCGUGGCUCGACCGGAUCACAUUCGCGUCAAAAUUCCAAAGAUAAAACACACAGCCAUUCUAGACAAAACAGCCAAGACCUGUUAGACCUAUCAGUCGCAGCUCAACCGAAAGGAUUACCCGAUACGAAAAUCCUAACUGGUAAAUCGUCACCCAGCAAAAACAUAGAAAUCUACGCCACGUUGCCCAAAAAUAAAAAAGGAUUACUGUCACGAUCGUCGACAACCAAAGUAAAGAACGUGGUCGAAGACGAAGAGUAUAUCAUGAAAGAACGUCCUGGCCGAUCAUUACUGGGCAAUCGAUCAAAAUCUGCAUCGAAAAAAGAAAUCGAAAAACGCACCCGAAGCGAAGAACGUAAUGUGAAAAACACCAAAGAAGCGAUCACAGUAGUCGCCAAGGAACCCAAAGAGAAAGAUAGCAAGAAAGCCAAACAGGAGGAAAAACAGAACAAAAAGCAGCAUAAAAUACGACGGAAAUUACUCAUGGGUGGUUUGAUGAGGAGGAAGAAUCGUAGCAUGCCGGAUUUACGAGAAGAUCAAGAUAUAGCUAAAGACUCUUCUAGUAAACCUGCGCCCAAAGAGGUUAGCAAAGAUGAUUCAAUGCUUAACUCCAACGUUGCCAUACAAUCCAACUUGAGCGGAUAUUUAUCCGAAGGUAAUCUCGAGUACGCUGGUAAUCCGAACCUGGAACGAAGUAAAUUGAUGAGGAAGAGCUUCCACGGUAGUAAAAUACUGCAAUUUAAUAAAGUGCCUCCUCCUCCUCCGCUCAGAACAACUUCUCAGUUAAGUAAAACUGACAGACAAUACCAAGAUCCAUCAUCUAGCCAACAAAGACCUCAGAUGGAACAGCAAGUUUACGCGAAUCAUCGUUCGUGGAUCCAAGAACCAGCAUCGUUACCUUAUAUGCCUCGUGGGUACGAAUCAGAGAAGCCCAAAACGGACGCCAUUACGUAUUCAAACGGCGGUUACAUGUUGCACGAUAAUUCAGCUGCUAAUACGGUGGUAACUGAGGCUCAGGUACAUCACGAGCCCCCCUUCCAAUCGUUACCACCUUCGAUAGACGAGCCUGAUUUUCACAGCGUGAAUAAACCCGAAGAUAUGUUCCAAUUGCCACCGUAUCCUAGUCCGCAUGGUUCUACUGUGCAUUCUCGUCAAGCCAGCGAAGAUUUCCCACCGCCUCCGGCCACAUUACCUUUACCUCCGGAAAUCACCGACGAAUCGAGUUUCUUGUCGAUGCUGCAAGAAAAACGUGAAAAGCUGAUGGCUUCGAUGAAACAAGAAGCCGAAGAACCGAAGAAACCCACCGGAGGUGAAAGCUGGCUCAAAGAGUUACAAGCCAAACAGGCCGAAAGACGUAAAUGCGCCGAACCAGUCGACUCCAAGGCCCCUUAUCCGCCUCCAGUACCUGAGAAUAAACACAACUUUAAGGAUCUGAAAUCGAAAUUCGAACAACUUCACGUCGAAGAUGAACCUAAACAGACUCAUUACCCAUCCUGCCUGAAAGAUACCCUGCAAUCGUCUCGUUCGUCGCCUAAUCUGAAACACGACGAUUUCGACGAUAAAGGCGGAUUCGAUAGUCGCGAACCUAGACGUAAAUCUGGUAAAAAGAAGAACGUCACGUUUUGCGAACAAGUCGUCUUGGUGGCUACAGCCGACGAUGACGAAGCAGACAGCUAUAUACCGAAUCCGAUCCUCGAAAGGGUGCUCAGAACGGUGUUGAAUAAAGAGCCCAAAGAAGCUGGUGAAGUUCAAGAACGAGCAGUUCAUUCGGUCGUUCCGUUGAAACGAACCGAUUCGUGGAAAUUAUCUCAAGGAUUGCCGUUGAAACCGUACAACGAAGGUGAUACCGUAGAUGGAGCUGAGUCGCAGAAAGAAGCUGCUAAACAGAUUCAAAACUCGAUGAAGAUCGCCUCUGAUGUGACUAGUAAGCCUCCUUUGGGCCGACCUCCUUGUACGAAUGAUUGUCCGACCGAUGAAGUUGAUGGACCUUCGUUUAGUGCUCCACCAGCGAGUUCUCAGUACGGACAUGAGAACGGUAGAAGUGUCCAGAGCGUUAGAAAUGGAGUUAGUAAUACGUUCGGUAAUGUUCCAGCUAAUUCUUAUAGUCCUACGUAUAUUCCGGCCAGUUCUCUGUGCUCGUCGUCUACCAAUAAUAAGAGUAACGAAACGUACAGAAACGAGUACCCUGAACCGAUUUCAUUGCAGAAUGAGCAGCCCCACAGCUCUUAUAAUGGAUACUCUGCCAAUAACGAUUACUACGCCGAUCAGAACACCUCUAAUGAUGGUUACGUUUCGUCUCAUUCGCGUAAAUUCAACGAUGGCGGAUUUUCCGGCAGCAGAGACAACGUCAGAUACUCGCCGAUUUGUAAUCAAGAUAAUGGCCAAGCCAUUCAUAACGGAUACCAUGGCCUGAAUCACGACCAGAGCCAUCCACAUCCUCAUUCUGGCUACCAACAGGCUCCAUCUCCAUCCUACCAAAGUCAAUCGUACCAACCUAUGUCUUUACAGUAUUACCCAUCGCAGAAUAUCCGAUCCAGUCCUCAAAUCCAUCGCGAACCGUACCACCCACCUAAACCUACCCAAUAUCAGAACGGUUCGCAUCAUUCAUCUUCGUUAACGAGGCAAAACUCAAACGCCAGCCAUUACAAUAGGCAACAGGUGUCUCCUCAAAGCCCUCGAAGGACCGGAAUGCUCGGUGCAAGUGGUCGUCCGGCUGAAACUCAAAGGCCAGGUUAUAAUGGCCAUCAGUAUCCGGCCAAACAUCCGGUCAAUGGGGUAUCUCCUUAUCAGCCAAUACCAACGUCGAGUACGUCGUAUAACGGUUAUGCUGAGAAGAGCUCGCCCAGCUUGUCAACGAGCUCGUAUCAGAGUGGUUCGAGUAGUAACGAUAGUCUGUCGAGGACAUCCGCAUCGGGUAUAUCUCCUUACCAAGCUGUACCUCAUUCGAGUCCUCAUUACGGUGCUAAUAAUGGCGAAGCUGCGGUUAAAAGUUCACCUUAUCAGCACGUACCUUAUAAUUCACCUGUAGCUCAGCAGUCGAAUUCGUCGUCGAAUUAUCACGCCAUGCAAUCGAAACCGACUAGUUCGAGUCAUAGAAACAGUCUGCCACCGGUUUACCAUCAUCCACCUCCUCCUCCCGCCACCGCAUCCACGAACGGGUACCCGAACAGGGAUAAUCAGUUACCUCAGCAGCUCAAUCAAUCGAGUAAUUAUCACCCUAUGCCUACGCAGCCUUCUCAGAACUCGCCCAAUACUUCGAAUAACUACUCGCCGAAUUACCAGUCGUCUCAAAGCUCACCGAAUACCUCUGCUAACUCGCUGAAUGGCUAUCAGCAUUCGCAAAGUUAUCAGAAUACAUCGACGAAUGGAUACCAGCAUUCGAAUCCCAAUUACCAGCAUCCUCCUCAGCAUCCUAGUCAAUCUUCCGCUCCUGCCAGUGUUUACCAGCAUCCUCCUCAGAACGCCAAUCAAUCUACGGCUUCUCCCAACGCUUACCAACACUCCCCUCAAAGUCAUAGUCAACCUUCUGCGUCACCCAGUGUUUACCAACAUCCUCCCCAAAGCCAUAGUCAGCCUUCUGCGUCUCCCAAUGUUAAUCAACACACUCCCCAGAACCUCAAUCACUCCUCCGGAUCUCCUAGUGUUUAUCAACACCCUCCUCAUAAUCCUAAUCAAUCCUCCGGAUCUCCCAGUGUUUACCAACACCCUCCCCAUAACCCUAAUCAGUCCUCCGGAUCGUCUAGUGUUUAUCAACAUCCACCCCAGAAUGCAAAUCAGUCCUCCGGAGCUGGCAACGUUUACCAACACCCUGCCCAGAAUCAACAACAGUCUUCCGUAUACCAAAGAGUUCCUACGCCCAAUCAGCAGAAUCGUAUCUCCGUCUCUGAUUACAACCUGCCCCCCAAUGGUAUGAAAUACUCGCCUUAUCAGCAUCCUCCCCCACCUAAGCAACAGUUCGAUGUUAAAAAAGGUAUCUCGAUGAAUGGUUCGAAUGUGGUACCUUGUAAUUUAUGUCGCAAGAAACAGAUCUCACCUCCGUCGGUUUAUUGCAACGAUUGCGAUUUUUAUAUAUCGAGGUUUAAACAAAAAACGUAAUUAUUUAUUUAAUUUUUUUUUGAAAAAAAAAUCAAUUCAUUUAUCGUUACCUUUUGUUUUGUUUUUGUGUGUGUGUGUUUUUAAAUAAUUUUUUUUUAUCUUUGAAACGAACAAAUUCAUGAUCUUGAGUAUUAUUUUUUUUUUUUGAGAAUUAAUAGUAUUUUGAAAAUAAUAAAUUUUAGAAUUUUAGAAAUAAGAUUUUAUUAAAUGUGAUCUCAAAAUUUCUUUCGUUGUAAAUAAUUUAUCUUAUUUUUUUUCUACUUAAUUUUUUUUAUACUUAUCUUAUUUUGCGCAUCGUUUUAGAUGCGUUUUUUAUUAUUUUUUUUUAGCUCGUAUUUUCUUCUAUUUUUUUUUAAGAAUAUUUGUUUGCCAUGUUUUUUUUCUUCUAUAUUAUUUUUUUAAAAAUAAUUUUACGAAGAAAAUACAUCGAUUUUAA